AUGGAUUCGGCGCACACGCCUCUAGCCAGCGAGGACGAAGAGUCGGUCGCGGGCUCCGAGCUGAGCGACAGCACCGACGCCUCGAUCCGCCGCGUCAAGCGGAAGCGCGUACCCCGACGCUCGACUCGCUUCGCCCUCGCACAUCCCGCCCCUCAACUCCGCACGAAGCAGCGGAUGCUGGUCCAGAUUCGCCCGCGGGUGCUGCUCCAGCUGCAAGAGGUCGGCGAAAGACGAGCCGUACCUGCAUUUGACGUUAUCCCGUCGAGCCUCAUCGCCGGGACCCUCAUCAUCCCGCGGUUGGCGAAGCGGUUCCCCCGCAUGCUCGGAGCCAGGCCGGAGCUGGCUCAAGAUGACGUUCUCGUGGUUCGAAGCGACGACUACGAACCCUCGUCUCCUGCUUCGCAAUCGCAAUCGCAAUCGCAGCCGAAGCGAGCGAGCAGAGACCUCGACAACAAGGACGUGGUGGCGGUCAUUGGUGCCGCAUCUCAGGACAGCAAUAACAGUGCCGAGAUUGUCCUCGAAGAUGGGUCCACAUGGCUGGCAAACUUGAUGGCCAACGGAUCGUACGAGUUCACCCACGUCGACGAACAUGGUUUGACGUGUACGGCUCGAUGGGUACGAAGAGCUGUCACGUCCAAGAGGAACAGCGCCGCAUCUGUGGGCGCCACCACCCCGACGUCCACAACCCCACACGCCCCUGACUACAAAUGGACAUUCAGCAUCAUCGACCCGUCGUCGAAGAGACACCCCAUUAUGGGUAGCCUGACGUCCGAAUCAAUCGAAAUUUACGACACCUACACCACCCUAUCCACGUCCAGCGGCCGCUACCCACCCUCGCGAUCCUUCAGUGCCGAAGCCAGGGGCGGCCACUGGGAUCAAGCGCCACAUCCCACACCUCGGAAGGAGGAACGGGCUACGGCAAAGGUCACGCGGGAGCAAAAGAGGCUGAUGCUGGCCACGGCGACCUGGAUCAGCCUCCACAAGCAGGGCUGGCCGGCGUCGGCAAACCCCAAGUUUGCCCGGUCCGCGUCGUACUGUCGGUCGGCGAGCACCGGGUCGCCAUCGCGGCGCCAGUCGUACCCGGUGUACUCUGCGGACACGGACUCUCGAGCCACCAGCCCGGUAAGCUCGACGGCACAGCACCCAGAAACCCGGGCAGAGCGUUCGGGAGGUAGCCCCAGUCCCUCCCGCCCGUCGAACACGCCUGCUCGGGCCAUGUCGACCGGUCGGGCCUUUAUGACCCGGCGAAACGGGCGGGUGGCUCAUGAGGACAACCGCAUGUCGGGCACGUCCCAGCACAGCACGGAGAAAUCCAAGGCGGACGACGACGAGGAGCCGCGCUGCAGGCCCAAGGUGCGGCCGUGGCUGCACAGGCUCUUCCACCGAAAGAAGCGCCCGACCAAGGAUGAGGAGCUGGCCAAGUACAAACUGGACGGAUAG